AUGAUCAACAUAGAUAACAUAUUUCAUAUUUCACAACCAACAGUGUGUUACUGUUAAUUAUUUUUUUGUGUUUGAAGCUUGCUCGAUUUAUCUGCUGAUGCUGAUGCUUAAUCUUUUUUUUUUCUAUAAAAGCUUAUUCGAACAUUUACCCCACUUCCAAGUAUAGCUACGGUGAAGCACAUUUAUCACCAUGAUAUCUCAAAUAAUAGGCGCCGAACUUGUGGACACUUCCUUUUUAGUAGGCUUCUUCUUUGGAUCACUUGCUAUACCAAUUUCUUUCGUUACUUAUAUUACUCUCGCCCGAGGAAUGGCAGUUUGGGUAAAUUAUCGCGCUUCUAUUGAUUUUUAUGAUCACAAAGAUUGUGUUACUUUCAGAGUACCACUCUGGUCUUACUGGAAAGGAUCUAGCAACCCCGAUUCUGGAGAAAAAAGAAUGAAGGGAUGUGAACCCAGAGAGAUAACGUUUAUCUCCAUAUCAGAUAGGAAACUAUGUAGGAAACUAUGUGUUGGUACGUAUGCUUUUGGUGUGGCUGGAGCAUUAGCCUUCGCAAGUAUAAAUACUAUAGGAUAUGCUGGAUGCGCUUGGGCUUAUGCGUUUAAUUAUAGAAGAGAGUUUGAAGGUGGUAGGGUCUUAGUAUCUUCGUAAAAUAGGGGAUGAGAUAAGUUUCUUACCUCAUUGAGAGUUUUUAGGUUAUUCCAAUACAUACAUGAUGGACAAACUAAAGCAUUGCCAUUUGUGAUGUUUAUCCAAUUCAUUUAAUUUACUACAAAAGUCCAAGCACAAGUCUAAAUGAUGACGUCAGCAGAUGAGUUGGUUUCACCAGAAGAAAUUGUUUUACUUGAUUUGAUCUAUUUAUUCAUUGCAAUGGAGCUUGGGCUUUUAUAGCAAAAAAAUAAUAAUUGGUGCUGUCAUCAUCUGUAUUACUUACUUUGCGACGUAGACACAAGUGAAACACCCACAAUGAAUUAUAAAGUCAGAAUGGUUUCUUAAUAGUACAAUGUUUAUAUCAUAAUACGUUUAUACCUGUUUACCAUAUU